UAAGGCUGCGUAGGAGGCACGGAGCGGCUGCGGGACCCCUCGUUAGAAGGCGCCUGUGCGGGCGGUGGCCUCUGCUGUUAGUGAAGGGGGCAGUUAAGCAAGAAGAUCCGGUGCUGGUUCUGGGGCCGUGGGGAUACAGAGGAUGGUGUGUGGCGUCGGAUGGUUAUGAGUGCUGGCUGUAUGCUUUUCAGAGCAAUAGUGUGAGGAAGCUUGAAGUGGAAUGGCAGGACGGCCUCAUCCUUAUGACAGUAACUCCAGUGAUCCAGAGAAUUGUGAUCGAAAAUUGCAUAAUAGACCCCGUAAACUUUAUAAGCAUUCAAGUACUUCUCCUCGCAUUGCUAAAGGAGAUUGCAGCAGAAUGAGUCUCCAUGGUGCUAGUGGUGGACACGAAAGGUCACGAGACAGACGUCGAUCAAGUGACCGAUCACGUGACUCAUCACAUGAGAGACUGGAGUCUCAGCUCACUCCAUGUAUCAGAAAUGUCACUUCACCAACAAGACAACAUCAGGGAGAGAAAGAUCACAGUUCAUCUCGGCCAAGUAGCCCUCGUCCUCAGAAAACCUCUCCAAAUGGUUCCAGUUGUAGUCUUGGGAACAGCAGUAGAAACAGUAGCCAGUCAAGCUCAGAUGGGAAUUGCAAGAAUGCUGGAGAAAUGGUUUUUGUGUAUGAAAAUGCCAAAGAGGGAGCUCGGAACAUAAGGACCUCAGAGAGAGUAACUCUGAUAGUGGACAACACUCGAUUUGUUGUAGAUCCUUCUGUAUUUACUGCACAGCCAAAUACAAUGUUGGGCAGGAUGUUUGGAUCAGGAAGAGAGCAUAAUUUCACACGGCCCAAUGAGAAAGGAGAGUAUGAAGUGGCUGAAGGAAUUGGCUCCACUGUGUUUCGUGCUAUUCUGGAUUACUACAAAACUGGGGUGAUACGUUGUCCAGAUGGAAUAUCAAUUCCUGAACUAAGAGAAGCUUGCGACUAUCUCUGUAUUUCUUUUGAUUAUAGUACUAUCAAAUGUAGAGAUCUCAGUGCUCUUAUGCAUGAAUUAUCAAAUGAUGGUGCUCGGAAACAGUUUGAAUUUUAUCUUGAAGAAAUGAUACUCCCUUUGAUGGUAGCCAGUGCUCAAAGUGGAGAAAGAGAAUGUCAUAUUGUAGUUCUCACUGAUGACGAUGUGGUUGAUUGGGAUGAAGAGUACCCUCCACAAAUGGGAGAGGAAUAUUCACAAAUUAUUUAUAGUACAAAGUUGUACAGAUUUUUCAAAUACAUCGAAAACAGAGAUGUCGCCAAAUCAGUCCUGAAGGAAAGGGGUCUUAAGAAGAUCCGAUUAGGUAUAGAAGGUUACCCCACAUAUAAGGAAAAGGUCAAGAAGCGGCCUGGUGGGAGGCCAGAGGUCAUCUACAAUUAUGUCCAAAGACCUUUCAUACGGAUGUCAUGGGAGAAGGAGGAAGGGAAAAGUCGGCAUGUUGAUUUCCAGUGUGUAAAAAGUAAAUCUAUUACCAAUCUGGCAGCAGCUGCAGCAGACAUUCCUCAGGAUCAGCUAGUCGUGAUGCAUCCGACACCCCAGGUGGACGAGCUGGAUAUUCUGCCCAUCCAUCCUCAGCCCGGCAGCAAUGAUGUGGAUCCGGAUCCUGGACAGAACCUGCCACUCUGAUUCAGCUGCUUGUUUGAACAAAAGCAUGAAGAUGAAGAUCUGUAUUGAGCUCAUACUGCACUGCAAUUCCAGCUUCCCUCCAUUGUGUAAUGAACAUAAAAUGUAUUAGGAUAUUGCAGUAUGGACUUAACAAAAGACCAAAGUGGGAUCAGAUUAUGGCUUUUAGGAGUACAGGAGUAACAUUGUGAGGUUUGGGUAUAUACCUGCAUUUGUUUACUAGUAGGUUUUGUGGUAUUGGUUACUUAUAUGUGGACUGUUCUCAUCCCAAGGCUCUCUCAGAAAUAGCAGGUGUCAGCAGCUACUGUUCAUUCAGUAUUUUGUUACACAGUGGGCAAACCUAAAAUUAAUAGUGGCACUUUAUAAAUGGUGAACAAACAGAAUUCUCAAAGCCAUUUUUAUAGUCAUGCACAAUGUUGACUCUAACAGAGUGCUUCUAUCAGACUUCCUAUUCAGCUAAAUGUACAUAGUUUGUUCUGAAUAGAAGUGAUGAAUCUACUUAACUUUGUUCUCUUAUGAAUGAGCACAAAAUUAAUUCUUGCCACUUGGGUUUUAUAGAUUGUGAGGCUGCAAUUCAACAACCUUUUUUUGAACUUCCCCAGUAAAGGCUUUUUUCAUGUAUGAUGUGAACCAUGUUCAAGGGUCAAGAGCAACUGCUAGGGACUUUAUCUAAAUAUUUUGCCUUACCUUAAAUCUGUUCACAGAAAUAUUUAUUUACUGAGGGGUUUUUUUCAUAAGUGUCAUGGAAUAGGAAAAUGCAAACUGUUCACUCUGCAUUUAUUAGCUGAUUGCAAACUCAAGUUUUUCAUUCAAAUAAAAAUUUCCAUUAUUUUAA